AUGGCGGCCUCGAGUCCGGAGUGGUCGAGCCUCCUGCCGGAUAUCCUGGGCCAGGUGAUCGCCCGCCUCCCACACAUCGCCGACCGCGCCCGCUUCCGUGCCGUGUGCCGCUCGUGGCGCUCCGCCUUGCGCCUGCGAGACUCCCAUCGGCGAGGGCUUCCGUGGGUUGUCCUUAACGACGGCGCCUACCUGACGCCCUCGGACAGCGGAAUCCAUCGCCUCCCACUUCCCGUGAACACAAGAUGCAUCGGCUCCACCAAUGACUGGAUCGUGCUCGACCGCAUGGACGGUGUUACGCAAAAGCAUACAUACGCAUUGCACAACCACUUCCUCGAUGUCGCGGUGCCGUUGCCGGAGCUGAACUCCAUAAUUGGGAAUCUUCCUGAGAAGUUUGAGAUCCGGAAGGUUCUCAUGCGGUCGACACCCGACGAUCUCGUUGCGGUUACAAGCAACAUCUGCAGGUAUCCUUUCAUCUUGUGCCGACCUGGUAAGGGAGCGUGGGUGGCGGAGCCAUUAGCUAUGCCGUACUUUCGUAUCGUCGAUUUUGCGUUCCUCGGAGAUAUGCUCUACGUGAUCACCAAGGCCGAGAGCCUCUACGCCAUCCACCUCACCGAACACGAUGAUGGCAAGCCCGAUGUCUCCUUUGUCGAACGGAUCACCAGGCACACCCCUUAUCCUAAUGGUGAUAGGUACAAUAAUGACAUGUGGAUGGGUACAAGUGACAACGAUGCGUCAAGCAGUGAGGAUGAAGAUGACAACCAUGAUGCGUUGAGUCAAGAAGAAGCCCCCGAUGAAUUGGUCGGUGAUGCUAGUGACAUUGACAAUGACAAUGACCGCUCCUCUGCCUACAAUUGUACGUUGUCUGAUUGUGAAGAGGUCGUGAACUCCAAAGGAUGCAACUUACUCACGACUUAUAGACACCUCGUUGAGUCCCGCGGUAAGUUGCUCAUGGUUAAGCGGCAAUGCUUACUCACGGCUUUCACUCCAAACCACCACACUCGCAAGGUCGAAGUCUUUGAGGCGGACGUGGACAAAGGCACAUGGGUACCAGUGACCCGUGGGCUAGGUGGCGGUCAUGCGAUAUUCAUCAGUCAUGGCUUCAACAAUAUAGUUGCUGCCUGUGGGGAAGUGAAAGAGGAUGACAUAUAUUUUCCCGACACGAACGAUGUGUUUGACAUGCAAACAGGGAUUAUUAGAACUUUAGGACCAAUAAGUCGGUUAGACGCCUGUUGGAGGACGUGUGUUUUUCCACCGGACCUAGUUGUUUAA